GGUCAUGUCAGCUACAACCGGCGCUGGCUGGGUGCACCUUGCUGGUACUGGAUUGGACCCAUUUUGCCUUCAGAGCUGCUUUAAUUCAAGUUGCUGGAAACCUUCCUCAGAGAUUUUGGUCCAGUUGGAGAUGAUCUGAGUUUUUGUGACACGGUGUGUCAUCCUGCUGGAAGCAGCCAUCAGAAGAUGGGUACACUGUGGUCAUCGAGGGAUGGACAGGCUCAGCAAUGAUACUCAGGAUUGGGGAUUAUUCCCUCUGAAGAAAUCUGCUCAUGCUCUGAAAGCGAAAAGAAAAAGCUUUCUGGUUAUUUGGAUUCAUGCUGACGAAGCAAAGAACCAACUAAUGUCACUGUUAUGGAAACAUCUCUUAAACCGACUCCACGGGUUUCAGGGUACUUCCAAGGAAAGGGGCAGAGUUUGUUUAAUUAUAAUUUGCAUAUAGAGGUAAGGAGCAUAGUAACUGUCACCCACCUGGCAGACGUUGGAGUUUGUGUGCAUUAUAUAAAGACUGAAGCUGGUCCGCUCUCAACCUGCAGAGCUGCUCAACCUGAGCACAUUUCUCCCUCCUGAGCCUGUGAGUUCUUGGAAACAGACACAAACACUGCAGCCAUGCCUCCUCCUGGUGCCUGUCGGAACAUUUUGGCGGCUCGUCACAAGCAAAACGGACACGGGACCCCCACCAACCCUGAGAAGUUCUUCAAUCAAGACUUCGUGAGUCUGAAAAAGUUCUGUCUGAUCAACGGGGUGAGGUACCUCGAUGACUUGUUCCCCCCAGACUCAAACUCCAUCGGCCAAGGGAUACUGAAGCCCGCUGACCUGGCACGUGUGGAGUGGCUAAGACCAGCACAAAUCGCUCCUAAUGCUGAUUUUGUUGUCGACGGCUUCUCCAGAUUCGACUUUGGUCAGGGAAUACUCGGAAACUGCUGGUUUCUUGCAUCAAUCGGUGCGCUGACUUUCCAGAAACACAUCUUUCAGCAAGUCGUUCCCCUCGAACAAACGCUUAAAGAGGACUACUGUGGGAUUUUUCACUUCAGGUUCUGGAGAUUUGGGCAGUGGGUGGACGUCGUCAUCGAUGACAAGCUGCCGACAAUCAAUCGCAGUCUAAUCUUCGUCCACUCCAAAGAUCCAAAUGAGUUCUGGCCCGCUCUGCUGGAGAAAGCUUAUGCCAAGGUUUGUGGCUCCUACACCGACAUGAACUCUGGAACUCCUUCGGAGGCUAUGAUGGACUUCACCGGUGGCGUCCACAUGUGCAUCCAGCUGUCGGACUCCAGUGCAGACGCGUGGGGGCUGAUGUGCAGAGCCGGCAAAUCCAACACGCUGAUGGGCUGUGGGACCGCUCAGGGGGAAACUCCUGCUAACACCAUUUUGCCAAAUGGACUGGUCCAAGGCCAUGCCUACACUGUGACAGGUGUCAUAGAGCUUCUGAGCCAGGGGAAAUGUGUGAGGCUGGUGCGUUUGUGGAAUCCUUGGGGCAAAGGGGAGUGGAAAGGAGACUGGAGCGAUUUGUCGCCCAUGUGGAGCACUGUGAGUUCUGAGGAUCGUCAUAAGUGCCUUUCAGUGGCCGAUGAUGGAGAGUUUUGGAUGACCUUUGAAGACCUCUGCAAGUUCUACACAGAUGUGGACAUCUGCGGCCUGCAGCCUGAUUUCAUUGAUGGAAAAUCCUCCGAUCAGUGGAAGACCUGUGUGUAUGAAGGCCGAUGGGUUGCAGGAACCACUGCUGGAGGCUGCAUAAACAACAAAGACAGUUUCUGGACAAACCCGCAGUAUCGAAUUAAGGUUGUAGCUGAGAAUUUGCAGACGGAUGAUGAGAAAAACAUUCUGGUUUCUCUCAUGCAAAAGCCUGACAAGAGGAACAGGCGUCUGGUGCAGAACCUCCACAUUGGCUUUUUUAUAUAUUCGGUGACUGAACAGUACAAGGCGCACAGCGGGAAGUUUCCAGCCUCGUUCUUCAGCACCCAGCCGCCCGUCGCUCGGAGUGAAAAAUACAUGAACGCCCGUGAGGUGAUCGAGUUCCUCACGCUGAAGCCCGGCGAAUACCUGAUCGUGCCUUCCACCUUCAAACCCAAUGAGACAGCCUCCUUCAUCCUGACCAUCCACUCGAAAGCAAAGACAUCUUGCUAUGAGAAUUCUAGUCACCAGAAAUAUGAGCCAGUUGAAAAGGUCACAAAGGUAAAAAAUGUUCAGGAGGAUGAAAAUAAGAAAACGUUCUUCCGUCAAUACUCUGACAAGUAUGAAGAAGUGGAUGCCGAGCAGCUCCAGAGGAUUCUCAAUGACAACGUCCUGAAAGGAGACACAGAAUCUGGAGGGUUCAGCCUUGAUGCCUGUCGCAGCAUGGUCGCUCUAAUGGAUGCAUCAAUCACAGGCAAACUGAACAGUGAGGAAUUCGUCCACCUGUGGAACAAAGUCACCAAAUACAAGGACAUUUUCUUCCUCACUGACGUUUCAAAAACAAGAACGCUGUCUCUGAGUGAGCUGAGGAAUGCAGUUGUAGCUUCAGGAUUGAGGGUUGGUGAUGACAUACUCAGUCUGAUGGCUGUGCGCUACGGCGCCUCCUCUGGACACAUGUCACUGGAGAGCUUCAUCAGUCUCAUGACUCGCUUGGACUGCAUGAAGAAAAUCUUCAAACAGCUCUCUGAUGGAAAAUCCAUUAAGCUUAAGGAGUCAGAGUGGAUGUACGUUUCCAUGUACACUUAACACAACUGAAAGAUGGAGGCAGACGUCAUCGAGAAGAUGCUUCAAAAGCUUGUUUCUCAUUUUCUGUGAACUAAACCCUCGCUGCAUAUAAUAUCGUCUCUGUGAUUUAUAAAAGGAACAGAUAUAUUUUCUAUUUUAGUGAAUGACACGGGAUCAUAACGGUGACAUCACUAUGACCCCAACUGCUCAAAUAAGUUGUUAAAUAGAUGGGAAGUUAAAUUGGCAAAUAAAUAAUCAAUAACUGAAAAUUCAGAGAAAUUCAAAGAAACACAUUUGAAUGAUUAAUUACUGUGUACAUUUUUAUGUGUAUUUUUUAACAUUUUAUUGAGGAGAGGAGUGAGCACAUCUCAGCAGGCCAGUUUCAGCUGCUUUCUCCUUCUAGUGAAAAAAUGAUGAUGUGAUCUUCAGAGGUUUACCUUUUUCCAGCAUCUGUGAUCUUUUGUUUCCUUUCUUGUUUUUCUGUCAGGUUUUGUGAUAUAUAUAUA